UGAUCCUAGAAGUGAAUUUCAAAGAGGUCUAGAGAUAGGAGAUAACCCAAAAGGCUGUGUGUUUUAUCACAAGUUUCUAAUUCUCUCGAGGAGCUGGAUUUGCGCGUCCGAUCCUUCUGCUGCAUCUCUCCCUGCCGGACGAAUUUUUCACAUCCCAGUUGGCGAGAUUAAUGAAUCGCCCUGCCUCUGUAAGUUCUCUUCAUUAGGUUACCCUCAUUUUGAUUUUGGCGAUGGUUGCCGCUCUUUCUAAUUCUCCGCUGGGUGCGUUGAAUGUUGGUGAUUGUGUAGUCACCGCUCCAAGAAAACAGCAGCAGCACACCCACUUCAGAUGGAAAGGGAGAGCCAUCUUUUAUAAUCCAGAAGACACUUAUCAAAGGUUUGUCAUGUCCGUAGAAGAUGAAGAAGUUUAUGACAAAGUAAAGAAACGGUUGCACUACGAACUCAUGUCCAUUUCCAGAAAGUUGUCCCAAACUACUCGACGAAGAAGGCUCCUUAUUCUUCAAGAUAAGAGACGUAGGAGGCGAUCUGUUGUUGAAGGUAAAGGUUGUACUGGUGUUGAAAUGGAGUUUGCCACGCUUUUGGGCAAACGUAGUAGACUAAUGCGCCACAUUCACUUGCAUAGAAAACGUUUGGGAAGAACCUACUUUCAGACUCAAAGAAAGCUAUGUAUGUUGUAUUUAGGAGGGGAGCUUUUUAUAAUUGUUGAGAUGGAAUUGUAUAAAUGUAUCUAUACUCCAAAUUGUCAUUUUUAUCUAUUAGUUAGGCUACUAUGUAUUUGCAUGACUUUGAUUGUUGUAUUGUAAUUUUGUAUCUAU